AGAGGGAGGAACACCAAGGUAGAAACACUCCUAUACAAAUACAAUCCCCUGAAACCAACAUUUUUCUUUUUUCCUUUUCUUUUUUCCGCACGCCAUUUUAUAUAAUUUCUCUUCCUCUUUUUCUAGAAAUGUUAUUAUUUUUCCCGCGAUAUUAUGCUGUCUUCUUCAUCUAUAUACUUUUGUCGAAUUGAAUUCAUAUAAAAACAAUAUUAUUAUAUUACAGUAUACUCUCUCUUAGAAUAUUCUUUUUUCUUAAUAAAAGGUCUAAUCUUUCUUUUGUGGGGUUGUUGAUGGUAGUUGCAAAAUUUUGAAUUUUAUAAACUUAUGUUUCUGGGUUUGAAUUAUAAUUUAAAGGGUUAAUAAAUAAUUUAUAUAAAGAUCAAAGAAAUUGCAAUGCGUGUUAAAUAAUUACAAGAGGGAAGAAAGUCAAAGAAGAGGGGAUGAUCUAAGUCUUCGUUCAAAGCUGCCUUGUUGAAGAAAGAAAGAGAGAGAGAGAGAAACUUAAAAUGCCCUGAAAUUUCUUCUCUCAUAUUUCUUUGUAUUUUAUCUUCAUUUGUUGAAUGUGAAACUUUCAUCUUCAUCUUCUUCAUAACACUAUAUUAUUAUAUAAAAUCUGAAUCUUUUAUCUUAUUUAGAGGUGUACUUAAACUUGUGGGUUGUCCUUCUUUUUGGUUAAGAUUUGCAAACUUAUUUGUUUUUCUGGGUUUUUGGGGUUAACUCAACUAAUAUUUUCUUUUAUUUCUUGAUUAUUUGUCAAUAUUUUACUGGAUUUUUGAGCUACUAGGGUCAGGAAUUUAUUGGGUUUUGUUCACAAAAUUUGGUAGUUGCAUUAAAUAAUACUGGGUAGUACUGGUAUUUUUUGAAGGAGGCCAAAACAAACAAAAAAAAACCUCAUCUUUUUAGUAAAUUAGUUGCAAAAAAAGCAACUUUUUAUCCCAUUUUCUUGCAUUUUGAGCUAUAAUUUUGUGAAGUAAGUAGCUCAAGUAGAGUGAAAAAAGAAAAGAAGAAAAAUGGGGCAAGGUAGAAGAAGAAGAAAGUUGCGUUUUAGCAAGAUCUACUCAUUUCAUUGUGGGAGAGCAUCUAUUGAAGAAGAUGACCAUUCUCAGAUUGGUGGGCCCGGAUUUUCAAGGGUGGUUUUUUGUAAUGAACCAGAUAAUUUUGAUUCAUCAAUGAGAGAUUACCCAGAUAAUUAUGUUAGAACAACAAAGUAUAAACUUGCAACUUUUGUACCCAAAUCUUUGUUUGAACAAUUUAGAAGAGUUGCAAAUUUCUUCUUUCUUGUAACUGGAAUCUUGUCCUUCACUGAUCUUGCUCCUUAUAGUGCUGUAAGUGCUGUUAUUCCUCUCAUUUUUGUGAUUGGAGUUAGUAUGUUGAAGGAAGCUAUUGAAGAUUGGAGGCGAAAGCAACAGGAUAUAGAGGUGAAUAACAGAAAAGCUAAAGUGCACUCUGGAGAUGGGGAUUUUAAGCAAUCAGAAUGGAGGCAUCUAAAAGUAGGGGAUGUAGUGAAAGUUGAGAAGGAUGAGUUCUUUCCGGCUGAUAUUCUUUUGCUUUCGUCUAGUUACGAAGAUGCAGUUUGCUAUGUGGAAACUAUGAAUCUUGACGGGGAAACAAACUUGAAACUGAAACAAGCCCUUGAUGUUACUUCAGCUUUUGUUGAGGACUCCCACUUUAAGGAUUUCAGAGCCACCAUUAAGUGUGAAGACCCGAAUGCCAAUUUGUAUAGCUUUGUUGGAAGUAUGGAUUAUGAGGAGCAACAACUUCCCCUUAGCCCUCAACAACUUCUUCUGAGGGACUCAAAGCUUCGGAAUACAGAUUACAUAUAUGGUGUUGUGAUCUUCACUGGCCAUGACACUAAGGUUAUGCAGAAUUCCACUGAUCCUCCCUCUAAGCGAAGUAGAGUUGAGAGGCAAAUGGAUAAGGUUAUAUAUUUCUUAUUUUUCAUAUUGUUUUUGAUGGCUUUUGUUGGAUCUGUUGUGUUUGGUGUUACUACCAACAAUGACCUCACAAAUGGCGUAAUGGAGAGGUGGUACCUUAGGCCGGAUGACUCGACGAAUUACUUUAAUCCCGAGAGAGCCCCACUUGCAGCAUUUUUUCACUUCCUCACUGCCCUUAUGUUGUAUAGUUACCUGAUCCCUAUCUCUUUAUAUGUGUCUAUAGAGAUUGUAAAAGUUCUUCAAAGCCAUUUCAUCAACCAAGAUAUUUUAAUGUACUAUGAGGAAGCCGACCAGCCAGCACAUGCUCGUACCUCAAACCUGAAUGAGGAACUUGGUCAAGUUGAUACAAUACUUUCUGAUAAGACGGGUACUUUGACCUGCAACUCUAUGGAGUUUAUUAAGUGUUCUAUAGCAGGGACAGCUUAUGGUCGUGGCAUUACAGAGGUCGAGAGGGCUAUGGCUAGGAGAAAAGGUUCACCUUUACCUAGUGGAAUGGUCAAUGGUUUACCAUUAUCCAAUGGGAUGGUCAAUGAUCAUGAAGAAAUUGAGGACGAUGUUGUUGCGGCAGAUUCUGCUGUCAAAGGGUUUAAUUUUAAGGAUGAAAGGGUUAUGAAUGGAAAGUGGGUCAAUGAGCCAAAUUCACAUGUUAUUCAGAUGUUCUUUCAACUAUUGGCUGUUUGUCACACGGUGAUUCCUGAAGUAGAUGAAGAAACAGGAAAAAUUUCUUAUGAAGCAGAAUCACCAGACGAGGCAGCUUUUGUAAUUGCAGCUAGAGAACUUGGCUUUGAGCUAUGCAAAAGAACUCAGACCUCUGUUUCAUUGACUGAGUUGGAUCCUGUUUCAGGCCGCAAAAUUGAGAGGGAAUACAAAAUUCUGAGUAUUUUGGAGUUCAACAGUACUAGAAAAAGGAUGUCAGUGAUUGUCCAAACUGAGGAAGGGAAAGUGUUUUUACUCUGCAAGGGUGCUGACAAUGUUAUGUUUCCACUGCUAGCCAAGAAUGGUGACGAUUUCGAGGACCGGACCAGAGACCAUGUUAAUGAAUAUGCUGAUGCAGGAUUGAGAACUUUGUUACUUGGAUACCGGGAAAUAGAUGAGGAAGAAUACAUGGAUUUCAACGAAAAAUUUAUUGCUGCCAGGAAUUCUGUUAGCGCAGAUCGGGAAACACUAAUUGAGCAAGUUGCAGAGACUAUUGAAAGAGAUUUGAUUCUUCUUGGCGCAACUGCUGUUGAGGACAAACUUCAACGUGGGGUUCCAGAAUGCAUUGACAAGCUUGCACAAGCAGGAAUAAAGAUAUGGGUCUUAACUGGGGAUAAGAUGGAGACGGCUAUCAACAUAGGGUUUGCUUGUAGCUUGUUGAGACAAGGGAUGAAGCAGAUAAUGAUCAGUCUAGACAACCCAGAAAUCAAAACGUUAGAGAAACUGGGCGACAAGGAUGCUAUCAAUAAAGCGUCCAGAGAAUCUGUGCUCAAGCAGAUUACUGCUGGGAAGACACAAGUUCGUGCAUCAGGUGCAAGUUCUGAUGCCUAUGCUUUGAUCAUUGAUGGGAAAUGCCUCGCAUAUGCGCUAGAGGAUGAUAUCAAGAAUUUGUUUCUAGAGCUUGCAAUGGGGUGUGCUUCGGUUAUUUGCUGUCGUUCAUCACCAAAACAGAAGGCACUGGUCACGCGAUUGGUUAAAAAUGGUACUAAGAGGACAACAUUAGCCAUUGGUGAUGGAGCUAAUGAUGUGGGAAUGCUUCAAGAAGCUGAUAUAGGGAUUGGAAUCAGUGGCGCUGAAGGCAUGCAGGCUGUCAUGUCCAGUGAUAUAGCUAUUGCUCAAUUUCGGUUUCUGGAGCGCUUGCUGCUUGUACACGGGCAUUGGUGUUACAGAAGGAUAACCUCAAUGAUCUGCUAUUUCUUCUAUAAGAACGUUACUUUUGGAGUCACAGUUUUCUUGUUUGAGGCAUAUGCAUCAUUCUCUGGACAACCAGCAUACAAUGAUUGGUUUUUGUCACUCUACAAUGUGUUCUUCACAUCGCUUCCUGCAAUUGCUUUGGGAGUCUUUGAUCAGGAUGUGUCUUCACGUUUUUGUCUCAAGUUUUCUCUGCUUUAUCAAGAAGGUGUUCAAAACGUCCUUUUCAGCUGGUUGCGUGUACUCAGCUGGAUGGUGAACGGAAUGAUCAGUGGCAUAAUUGUCUUCUUCUUCUGCAAGAGAGCUAUGUCACUUGAGGCCUUCAGUAACGAUGGGAAAUCUGUGGACUUCCAAAUCUUUGGAGCAACAAUGUACACAUGUAUAGUCUGGUUGGUCAACUGUCAGAUGGCGCUAUUCAUUUGCUACUUCACGCUUAUACAACAUAUUGUCAUCUGGGGCUCCGUUGCCUUAUGGUAUAUCUUCCUCAUGAUUUAUGGCGUGAUGAGUCCCGAUUUUUCAACUACAGCAUAUCAAGUUUUCAUUGAAACACUUGCCCCAGCACCCAAAUAUUGGCUCCUUACACUUUUUGUGGUGGUCUCAGCUCUACUCCCCUACUAUGCUUACUCUUCUCUUCAAAUGAGGUUUUUGCCCAUGUAUCAUCAGAUGAUCCAGUGGAUAAGGUAUGAGGGGCAGACUGAGGAUCCCGAGUACUGCCAUAUGGUCCGGCAGAGAUCAAUACGGCCCCAAACCGUGGGUUUCACGGCCCGUGCAGCAGCCAGAAGGAAGGAAAGACGCCAAAGUAAAAGCUGAUGACAAUGUAUACUGUAUAGGUUCAUUAGAGAGGAUCAUCGUUUGAAGGGCAUUUGCGCCAUUUUUGCUCGGCCUGAAUUUUGUUAUUAUUACUUUCUGGGGGACAUGUACAGAAAAGUGUACUCAGAAGCUGUAUAUUUGUCAGAUAGGGCAGAAUUAAGAGCCUAGAAUCUGUACAUUCUUGCUCUUCCGUUAAUAUUCUUUGGUUAUAACUGUUGUACAGAAACUAAUUAAGUAUUCUAUAUAUAGACAAAAAGAUUAGUUUUGUUCUA